CUCCAUCUCCAUGGCAGCCGUCGUGAGUCGUACAUCUCUACAACAUUCAGGCCUUGAGUCUCGUGGGUGCCGCUGGAUGUGGUCUGUUUCAGUACCCGUCUCCCAUUCGCAGUCCCAUUCGCAUUCGUGCCAAACACCCUCAUCGCCUCUUGAAGAUCUUGCACGCCAUACUCAAACCUGACUCAUCUUCCUCUCACACUCGGUCAAUCGACGAGCAAGCUGCAACUGGAGCUUUGGACGUCGUCCCCUCGCAACUCACACUAUUUGUCUCCCGCUCGUACUCGAAUCCCGAUCAUCCACGACUCAAUCGUGAAUUCAGGUUUGUGAUCUGUCUGCCUGCAGGUCUCUCCAGCUCCCUCCAGCUCCCUCCAGCUCCUCGCUAGGUUGCGCGCGGAAGAAAUUCGUUCGCCAAAGAACGAGCGGGAAAGAAGGAGGGAAGCAUUUGGACAGGGUUGUACGGUACCCGCCGAUCCUGCGCGAAUGCAUGCGCUUCUUUGGGCACUCGACCGGCAUCGUCAUUCUGCGCUAGCCGAGGGGGACGAGCGUGUUGGAGGCGGGCAGCAAGCUGCUCAUCAAACCGCGGGGAAAGCGCCGAGAACCCUGCCUCGUAUGACCCGUCGAUGCGCAAGCAAGUUUGCACGCUCCUCACCGACCUUCCUCAUCUACUGAUCGAGCCUCCUCUCCGACGGCCGCAGGAAACAAGCAGCUAUGCGAUCUCAAUAGAUAAGGCUGAGCGCAGCGCCGCAGCCUUCAUCCCACCAGCCAUCUCGAGGACCAAGCACUUAAACGCUGCACUGCGUCCACACUUGCCCGCGGCCACUCAUCAGACGAGCUGGCAUCAACCACCCUUGCACUCCACUCACGCUCUGCAAUAGACGUCCAAAUCGCCCAAAUCUGCUCUCUGUACGUACUGACAAGUCAAGCGUUGCCAUGCCUAUCAGCCUUAGAGCUCGCAAGUCUCUGGCUAAAGAGGCAGCCCCAAGCGGCA